AAAAACUGUCAACACGUCUGGGGACAGGCCAGCAUAAAAACUUGCAUAACCACUGUCACCCUUAGCCAUCGACCGGAUGCGCGGAAAUUUUUUUUUGACAUUUUUCCUUCAAGAUGGUAAAAGGCCAGGAGUGGUACUGCAUGAACAUUUUCCAUUCACACGCUGUUGUGAGUCGUCCUGUUGUUCUGUGUGCCAGAGAAUUCUAAAGCUUCACUUCUGCGAACAACACUGCGUAAAAUAAAGCUUGGACUUGUAUCACCAAGAAACCUUCCAGACAUGCAGCAGGAAAUAGAGGCACCUCCUUUUGCAGAGCGUUCGGUCAUGGAGCUUUGUCGUGAGGCUCUCAGCGGCCGAGCUGCGUACCAAGGCACCACAGACUUGAAGUACCUUCUGGUGCCUUACAUGUUGGCAGAGGCAGGUGCCUUGCAGUCCUUGGCGCGGAGGUUUUACGAGGUCUUUCGUGGCUACAUGGCCGCAGUCCGAUCGGAAGGCGACCCGCCCACGCAGAAGGUUUUGGAUGAUUUGACGCAGGCGCUGAAACACAUCGCAGCGCAGGUGAUGCAGCUGCGACUCUUUUCUCCCAAUGAGGAGUUGGAUGACAUCAGCACCACAGACUUGAAGUACCUUCUGGUGCCUUACAUGUUGGCAGAGGUUGUGGCUGCCACACGGGAGAUGGAGAAGCGGUUGCCAAGCUUGAGAGAGGCCCUCCUGUUUUGGCGUGCUUUUGCAGCAGACUGCCAGCGUUUGGGCGUUGGACAUGACGACGAUUACGCAGCAGUCGAUCGCGAGCAGGAGCCUUCGGAUCCUGCAUCCAAAAGAGAAGAGAAGAUUGCGCGGUACAAGCGUUGUAAAGAGCUGGAUCAGAAAGUGUCAUAUUUGUUCGGCCAGAAACGUGAAGACCUGGGUGAUGAGUAUCUGUGGGGUGCUGGCAGCUCCUUCGAUGAAGACAUGGAGCGUGAGCUCAUUUUGAUGCUGCUGCGUCGGGCGGUGGCCUCCGUUCCUGAGAAUGUGGCCUCGGCUCAACAAGAGAUGCCGCUGCUUGAGAUGAUGAUAGCGCGUGGUGGCCCUGGCGCGGCCCCAGAACCCUCGCGGGCGCCGCGAGAGAAGCCUCACAUGGUUCGGAUCCAGGACAGGGCCGAGCUGCAAAGGUUGUACAAAGAGAUGGUUUUCAGAUGUCCCCAUCCACUGGCUACCAUGUCCAUCGAGGAAGCUGCAGAUCUGGAGAUUGAAGAGAUGCGAGACCGUGAGGCGGCCCAGGCGCUACGCGCCGCCGAGGCGCGGGCCCUGGAGGCCGAGCGAUGGUGGGAUGGUGAUCGUUAUGGUGCUCAAGAGGAAUGGGAAGACGAGCAGAAGUUGUACAAAGAUCGUGACUUCGAUGCCUUCAAAGAUGAACAUCCCUGGGGCUCUGGGAACAAGAUGGCCAACGCCUACCUGGGCCUGGCUCAGGGCACAUGCGACUUUGAGCAUGUGGAGGCUAGCACCUUGACCUCCGAGGAGUUUCGACGUCGCUUCCGCACGGGUCCAUCCAGCCCUGGGACGCCCGUAGUGCUCACAGGCCUAAGCUUGGGCCAUGGUCUGGACAAAGCCUGGAAUCCAAGAGAACAGGUGAAGCACGGGAAAGGUGGAGACGAGCGCCAGCGGAGGUUGUCGUCCGCCUUGGCGGCGGCCCGUGAACGAGGCGGCAGCCCUUUCGGCGAGGGCUGGGACCCUGAAGUGCUCCAGGCCUCCUUUGGCACCUCCUUGGUCCAGUCGCAGCAAGUGGUGGUCUACCGGUAUGGCAGCGGAGCCUCGAGGCCGAUGCAGACGGGCUUAGAGAAGCCGGUGGCUUUGAGCUCCUUGUUGGGCCUGCGGGACUCCACGCUCUUCUUGCUGAAGCCCUCACAUGCUGCUGCACAAGCCUGGGGGGAAGCUCUGGAGCUCCCCGAGUACUUGCGGCCGAUUCAGCUCACAGGCCCCACAGUGAGCCUGGGCAGUGCCAACGCCUCCUCGCCACCACAUCAACAUCCAGAGAACUGGUUCGCCCAGCUGACCGGUGGCAAAGCGUGGGUGGUCGCUCCUCCAGAUGCCAAGGUCUUGGGAGUGCUUAGCUGCAGCUAG